UCCGAGUAGGCCUAAGAUCAAGACAACGACUUGCUUGGCAGUCUGCAGUUCGGAACCAGUUGUGAGUUGAUUCUAGAAUCUAGACGCGACGCACGCGAGACAACUUGGCAGUGGUCGACGAGAGAGGGUGAGGGAGGAGAGGAGCGACGACUCUAAAUCUAACAUGGGAAAAGAUACGGAGAAACCGAAAGAAUCUGGCGACAGAUUGUUGACUGAUCUGGAGAAAGAGACGGAGGAAAAGAUGGAAAGACAGAAAGAAGCAGACACAGAGACAGAACCUGAUGAAGAAACGGAGAAAGAAAAAGAGAAGCAAAAAGAAAAAGAAGAACCGCCUUUCGAUGGAGUUCCCACCGACAGUGGCUGGUCUUGGGUCAUAUGUAUAUGUUUCUCCUUCGGUGCGCUUUUGGUGGCUCCAAUGUCACUAAUUGGUUUCUAUUUUCGGAAGCGGAGAGCUCUAGCCUCUUCAAUUACCAACACUGGCUUCUGUGUGGCCUUUAUUGGGAUCCCACUGAUCACAGAGAUGUUGCGAAUCACAUAUGGUGUACAAGGAUGUCUCUGGAUUCUGUGUGGCAUCGAGAUGCAGCUGCUGGUAUCUAGUAUGUUUCUACGAUCGGUGGAAUCAUACAGAACUUUAUAUGCAAAGAGUCAAAGAGACAAGGCCAAAGCUUCAGCCACUGGGAAGUCAGGGACUGACAGCAAUAUUGUGUCAGGGGAAGGUGCCUACGAUCUUGUCGACAACAAACAGAGAAAUAACAAUGGGCAACCACAAAACGGAAAAACUUCUAAAAAUACCUCAGUCGUUUUGCGGGAUAAAGAGUGUGAGGAUUUCAAUUUUGCUGAAAUCUGUCACCGCCAAAGAUCAAAAUCUGACGCUAAGUUUCUCCAAGAUUUCCACAACCAGCUCUCGAAAGGUCCUCUGCUGGCCACAAGCCUGAGAGAGUUACGUCGACUGCCAAGUUCAUCCUCGGACACGCCCAAUGGUGUAGAUCAGUUUGACCACUACAGGAGCCAGCUGAGCAUCAUCAGUGGAGCGGACAUGCCGUAUUUACCGCCAGGUAUUCAGGCGGCCGACGUUGUAGAGGUUGAGUCUAUAGAGAGUGGUGACCACAAGAAGAAAUCUCGCUGCUGUUCUUUAAAGAGAAUCAUCGAUACUUCCUUGUUUAAGAUCUGGCGUUUCCGUAUGAUGGCGAUGUACUACCCCAUGGCGUGCUUCAGCAACUACCUGUUCAUCUACAUGCCAACCAUCGCAAUCACGGCGGGGGUGGACAAGACUGAUGCAGCGCUUCUGAUGACCAUCGGUGGCGCCAUGGACCUGGUCACUCGCAUCAUCUCAGGCUUUUUGGGAGACAAGAAAUUUGUUUCCAAGCCCAAGAUGGUGGCUGCCAGCUUGCUGGUGAUUGUUGCGGUCUCUCACCUCUCCCGCUUCUUCAAGACGUACACGUCAUUUGUCGUGUUUGCCGUGGUGGUGGGCGUGUUUGGGGGGUUCAGGCAGAACUUCUUCCAAAUCAUGCUCAUCGAGUACUGCGGUGUGGAGCGUCUGGCAAAAGCUUUUGGCAUCUCGGCCAUGUUGGUGACGCUGACUCUGUCCCUCAACCAUCCCGUUAUAGGUGCCUUGCUGGACGCUACAGGUAACUUCAAUUUGGCUCUGCAUUACGUUGGAACAAUUCUCUUUAUUUCUAUUAUAAUAUUGUCAUGUGAGCCUAUUUUUAGAAGACUUGACGAGAAAAGGGAAAGCAAGAAGACAGCUGAAGAACAACACCUCAAGGAUGGAGAUCCUGAGAGGGGGACGUUGAAAGCCUGAAAAACUGCUGUGAAUAUUUGAGGGUUUUUUCUGUGGUGGCAAUACCUUCAUGUGUCUAUACUAUAAUAAUGUUGAUUAGAGUCAAUGACAAUGGUGAUAAUGAAGGUCAUUUUUAUAGAACCUACUUCCAUGUGAACAUAGCUCUAAUAGCUUUAUUGUACUAAUUCAUAUAUGAACGUAUGAGUUGAUGCAAUGCUAGUUCUUUUAGGUUUUUUAUUUUUUUAAACUCUCUUUGUAUACUUGACUUGUGCAAAAUGUUUUAUUCCUUAUUGUCAAAAUAAGAAAAUAAUUUACUUCUAAUUCAGCCUAUGAACAGAAACUUUAGAUAAUUUUGUCACUUUUCACAAAUUUUGAAAUUUACAUAAGUUAUAUAUUUGGAAUAAAAACAAGAACGAAACAGCAGUGACAUACUCAAAGUGGGGGGUGAUGAUCAGCUGAAGAAAAAAUGGAAACAGUGACACAACCAUUUUGGAGGGGAGGGGUGGGGGAGGAGGGAUUGUGGACGCUCAUAAUUUUUGUUGGUUUACUUGUUUUUUUUUCUGUCAGAGGAUAUUUGGUUCUAACUCCCCCUCCUAAACAACAGUAGAAAAAAAGAUGGUUCUAUCACUGCUUAGAUUGCUUUAAGUAGGUUAUCUUUUUCACGUUAUGAGGGAAACUGCAGUUUAAUUUUUAAUUAAAUGAAACAGAAAGCUGUAAAAUACUGUGGAUAUCAUAUGUUCCUCUCUCAGCUGUUGAGUAGUGCAGAGCUGAGAAAAAUUUCAAAAUGGUCAAGGAAUAGAAUUUACUUAUUUACAUGGUACUGUCAAUUGUCAUAAAAUUUCUUUUUGUAUAUUUUUAUCUAUGUUCAUGACAAUAAUAUGACAAAGUGCUAAUGUGCAAGUUUUUCUGUACUGUCAGGAUUCUCUCUGGGAAAAUGAACAGAGUCAUUGAGAUGUCAUCUGUAUGAAGUAAAUGUUAGUAUUACACUGAAAGACAUGAAGAUACAAAGAAACACAAAGGGUAAUUAGAGAAUCAUUUUAACAAUUGUAAUUUAAAUUUCUUUAUACUGAAAGACAUGAAAAUACAUAGAGAUACUAAGAUUGCCCUGAGAAAGUAUGAUAAUUGUGAGCCUCCAUACAAUAAUUAAAUGUAUUGUGUUUUUUUUAAAUAAUAAGGUUUUUAGAAAGCAAAUUGCUAAUAUUCAAAUAUAACGGAGCCUAAGAUAAGCUUUAAAGGAGUCCUGUUGUUGCAGGAUAUGGCCAGUUCUUGAGAUAAUUGUUACUUUUUACAAAUGUGUUGUGUUGAUGCAGGUUAGUCUUACAGUGACUUUUCUGAGUCAGUGUUACCUUUGAUGCAGGGUGAUCUUACAGUGACAUUUCUGAGAAAUGUUGCUGUUGACUUAGGUUAGGCCUUUGUUGCAGGGUGAUUCUUACUAUGACAUUUCUGAGAAAGAGUUACUUUUGAUGCAAAGUUUUAUUUCUUUAUCUGAUUGGACGCAUGAGCAUCUUUUGCAAUGCCUUCUUCCAUCUUAUAGGUAUGUGAUUUUGUAAAACAUGUAUUUGAAAAUAGGACAUUUUUUCCCAGGAAUGUUUACUGAUUGAAAGUGUUUCUUGAAACUUAAUUCCAUACAGAAUGUCUUGAAGUUUCCUCUGCUUGUAUGAUUUUAUUUUCACUUUUCCUCUGAUGAAUUCCAAAGUGUGAUAUACUUUUCUCUACUUCCGAAUCAAAUUUAUCUUGCUUUUAUUUUUUCUUAUAUGUGGUUGAUGGUAAAAUGUGAAAUCCAUUGUCACUUUCAUCAUUCUGUGUGUAUUUUUCUGUAAUACUGUGGAGCUGAAUCAUAACAAUCAUUGGUCUAUUCCUGGAACUAAUGAUCUUCUUUCUCUUUUCUGGUAAGAAAAAACGAAAAUCCAAAAGGGGAAAAAUGACAUUGAGUUUUGUUCAUGACAACUCCAACCAUACUCUUAUUUGUUCAUGACAACCUCAUAUAAGAGGUGUGCUUACAUUAUAAUGAAUUACUUCUUGCAAUCUGCAAAUUAAAAUAUUGGUUGAAAUCAUCACAGGGCUUAAAAUUUUAGAUAUUCUUCAAGUUUAGCAUGCAUGUCUGUUAUCAUUUCAUACAAAUAUAUUGUUCAAGUUCAACCUAUAAAUUUGACGCAUCUGUGUAUAUACAGGGCUUACAUCUAAAAAGUAACUCAUUUUGUCAGCAUACCUCACUUACCUUCUUUGUUGUUAACCCUUUCAUGACCUAUAUGAUGUACACCGAUAGUCAUUUUAUCUUACACAGCAAACGAACCAAGAUGCUGUUGUAACGUGCGCCGUUCGUCACGCCUUCUGAAACGCGAAGAACAUGAUGGCAAACACCGUUUGUCAUAGGCUGUAUUUGGCAUACUGCUUCUAUUAGGUGCAUUUUGUAAAAGUAAUCGCAGAUUUACAUUCAGGAAUAUUUUUUUCCGUACAAAGAAAUCUUUUCUUUUUAGAUGUAGUUAGUAGUUUUUGCGAACUGAGUCUAUUUAUAGAAAACUGGCAACUAAAUCUAGCGCGUAUACCCUGUGUCCCUAGGGGUCCAAAACUGUGUGCGGUAAAGCACAAACUGACCCUGUCACGAAGGGGUUAAGAAUAUUGUCCACGGUUAGUGUGAGCAGAAUGUAGAUAAAAUGAAUCAUUACUAAAACUUGUAAGGUACACAGAAAACCUUGAUGGUGUGGAAUUGUUUUCACCAUUACUAGUUUCUCACUUUUUUUGAUGGUGUUAAGUUGGAAAUUUCACAGUAUGAUUCUAUAGGUCUAUGCUGUGUUAUGAUAGAGCUUUGGUGUAUGCAGACUUAAGUUUUUUGUCUUAGCUGAAAGACAUAUUAUUAACCCUAUGGGAUCAUUUUGUACCCCAGGGGUUGUAUUCUUAGAGUACUUCUAGUGCGAAGA